AUGUGGCCACAAUCUUCUCAAUUGAAUCAGAGAGAUAUUUUGACCAAACUUAAUAUUAUCACUAGUUCCGCAAAUAGAUUGAAAGAAAUCGCUGACUGGGAAAAUGACGAAGCACAAACCCAGUAUCAGCAAUAUGGUCAGAAUGAUAAGCCUUUGGUAUCCGAUCAAAUUUCUCAAGAGAUGGAUAGUGAUAAGAAUGUACCAUUCGAAAAAUGGUGUGCUCCUGCGGACUUUAGCUUAGAUUCUGACAAUUCUACUUUAAAAAAAAAUGCAAUGAACUUGAAAAACGAGUUAUUAUGA